AUGGGAUUUAAUCCACUGUUCACCAUACUUAAGGAUAACAAACUUACCAGACCUAACUAUAUUGAAUGGAAACGUAAUUUGGACAUUGUGUUGACUGCUGAGGAGUGCAAGUUUUUCACUUAUGAACCCAAGCCUGAUCAGCCUGCUGCUGACGCUCCUGAUGAGGAGAAGGAGUAUUAUAAGCGGUGGAUAAAGGCUGAUGAGAUGUCACGAUGUUACAUUCUAGCAGCAAUGUCGGGUGUUUUGCAGCAUCAGCAUCAGGCUAUGGCCAUUGCUUCAGAUAUGCUCUUUAAUCUCAAGGAACUUUUUGGAGAUCAGAAUAAGGCUGCUAGGCAAGUAGCCAUGAAGGCUUCAAUGAACACUCAGAUGGUUGAAGGUUCGCCUUUCCGCUUGAAUUACAACAUGAACAAGAGGCAGUAUAGUCUUGCGGAACCGCUGACAGAACUUCAGGGAGCUAAAGGAUUAUUUCGGCAGAGUGUUCAAGUGAAUAUGGCUGAGAAAGGUUCUUCCUCUAAGCCGAAAGGUUCUUCCUCCCUUGGCAACCAGCCUUGCUUUAUUUCUGGUGAUUAUCCCCUCACUGUCAGUUUUGUUUCUGAACACCCACUUCGUACCAACAAUAGAUCUGUUCUUUGGUCUUGGUACUAG